CGUGACACACAAAACAAAAAAGUGUCAGCCGCUGAGAAAACAAACUAACGGUACCUGUUGACUGGCCACCUCUGUUUUCAGGUGUGUGGAGGGACACGAGGUACAAAAUGUCUGAGCUAAGCGACGAAGCCAGUGAAUCAGAGCAGCUGGGUGCCAGCCUCUCCCUGUGGCUCGGUGACUCCCUGGUGCGACUCGAGGAGCUGGACGUUCCCCUGGACCUCCACACCGCCUGCUCCAUCGGCCAGUAUGACGUGGUGGCAGAGUGCAUCAAAAGACGUGAGGUGGACCUGAAUGGCAAGAACAUCGGCGGAUGGACCCCACUGAUGUAUGCAUCUUACAUCGGCCAUGACAACAUUGCAAAUCUCCUGCUGGAGGCCGGUGUGAAUGUAAAUGCGACCACUGCCAAAGGGUUAACCCCCUUGAUGCUGGCAGCAAGCUGUGGGAAUGAAAGCAUCGCAUACUUUCUGCUGCAGCAAGGUGCAGAGCUGGAGCUGAAGGACUCUCGAGGCUGGACCGCUCUGUUCCACUGCACGAGCACAGGCCACCAGCAGAUGGUCCGGUUCCUGCUGGAUAACAACGCCGACGCCAGCGUCAAGGAGCCGGGGUCUGGUUUCACCACCCUGAUGGAGGCGGCUGCUUCUGGACAUGAAAUCAUUGUUCAGUACCUGCUUGAUCAUAAAGUUAAAGUGGAUGACCGUAACAGCAAAGGAGAGACUGCCCGUGCCCUAGCCAUGCUAUACGGCUACACCAAGAUCAUCAGCCUCAUUGAUUUACAUUCUCCAAGGACCAAACCAGGACAUUUUGAAGACCUGAGCUCCUCCGAGGACUCGGACAGCGCACCGCCGCGGACAAGGCCAAGUCGCAACCGAGCUAAAGGCGUUAGCAUCCACGACGGGCCCCAGGCCAUUGCCAAGUUCCGAGUAGGAGGCACCAGCAAGCUGUGUGAGCCUCCUGCAGCGCCGCCUAGCUCAAUGCCGGUGAGUGAUAUCGGAGACCAAAGUGAGGGUAUCCGCUACCGCGAUGUGACCUCGCCCAUAAACGAGCUGGACGGCCAGAGCAACAGCAGCAGAGAUGACAGUCCGUUCUUCGAAAAUGACAUGCCCACCAUGAGGAGCAGCAGCAGCAGUAGCGAAGGCGUGCCUCCUGCGGCUGCCCUCAACUGGGAAGGCUCGGUGGAGAGUAACGAGGACUCGGACCAGUGCAAAAAGAGCAGCUCUCGCAGAGUAAACAAGGGCCACCACUCAAAAGGCAAGAGUCGCCACGGAAGCCACGAUGCGUCUCACUCAAGCGGUACAGGGAACUGUGGGUUGCUCUCACAUGGUGGUCUCCCACCCUCUUACGCUGGUCCAAAGGAUCUGGCAGAGUUCUUGGAACAACUUGGCUUUUCCAAGUAUCUCCCUGUUCUUGAAGAGCAAGACAUUGACCUGCGGAUAUUUCUCACCUUGACUGAAAAUGAUCUCAAAGAAAUAGGGAUCACAUUGUUUGGACCCAAGCGAAAGAUGACCUCGGCUAUAGCGAGAUGGCACAGCAACGCGCGACCACCCAGCGACGCCCUGGAACAGGCUUACGCAGACCAGCUCGAAGCCGAGAUGCAGGAGAUGGCCAUUCAGCUACACAAACACUGCGAGGAGGCGGAGAGCCUUCAGAGCCAAGUGUCUCAGGAGAAGGAGCUGCGUACCGUGAUGGAGGGAUGUCUGAUGGAGGACAAGAUGGCGUGGAGGAGGGUCCACGUUGAGCUGGUGGAGAACCACCGCUUAGCUCAGGACAUGACCGCCACACAGGCGAAGUCCAGGGCCUGCAGCGCUGAACUGCUCUCCUGUUUCACUACGGAUGGGAAUAGCAGCUCAUGUACUGCCGCGGAAGAUGAAACAAAAGGUGACAAUGGUGUUAAAGCUGGAGAGGGCUUAACGCAUUCCAGUGUUGCGGAGUUACUAAAGAAGCUCAGUUCCCAUGAAGAAGAACUGGCGGGGAUCCUAGAAACUGUGCUUCACAGUCUGAGGCGACUGAGUGCCCCCGAAAAAGUGUCCGAUAGCUGGGAACAGCCUUAACGUUUACAGGCUUCUUGCCAAUAUUUGACGGAGGGUGAUCUAACCACCCUGAACAACCUCACUGACACGAGAGAAGGCCAAAGACGAGGCCGGACCAGAGCGAGACUCGGGGAGGGAGUCAGCUGACCUGCUGCUCCUCACGGAUUGGCCGACGCACCAGAGCUCGCCAGAUGUGGACAAGGCCGAGGGCAGCGGCAGCUGCUGCAGUGAAAUGACAAACUCACUCGCUUGUGCUGGUUGUAUGCUGGACUCCAGUGGUUGCUUGAGAGGAGAAGGGACUGAUCCCGGAUCAGAGGCUGGAAUGCUGUGAAAUGUUUCAAGAAAAACUGAACUCUCUUCCAACAUGAAAUGUGGUUUAAAUUAUGUUCGUGCCACAAGCCGAAGAGUAGUCAAAGUUAAGACUUUCUGCAGAGUCAUAUGAACUUUAUUUGAAUGAAAUCUUAUUCGUAUGCAGUUUGAAAAUAAUGUCCUGCUGAAUGCACCGUGUGAACCCCGUCAGUUAAUCAUUUACAGCAAUACAUUAUUUUACAACAGAUGUGUCAGUGGUGCAAUGAAGUGGUUCGUAUAUCAUUCAGAUUUACUUUGUUGCUUCCUAAAUGUGAUCCGUCUUACCCCGAAAUUCUCCCAUAUCUUUGAAAUGCCAGAUAGUCUUUAUUGUAUUAAAACCGUGUUGCCUGGAAGUUGAGUGUGGACACUUUUUCAAUUUUAACAUUUUUCAACAUAAUCAGAUGUUGGAGCAGCACAUCCUGGUAAGAAAGACAACUGUUGCUAUUCUUUUGCUUCAUUUGCAAACAGAUUAUGUGACCAAAACACAAAUUUCAUGACAGCUUGAGAAUAUUUGCAAAUGUAUUGGAGGCCCAUGUUAGAGUUAGGUGAAACGACAAAAUGAUCCAAACAAUAUUUAGAAAAUAUAUAUAAAUGAGUCUUUUUGGGAGAGAUUCCAUGAUCAGUUGUAUAAAGUUUUCAAUAUUUUAAUAUUUGUCUGAUUCAAUUGAUGCGGUCACUUUUUAAUUGGCUAAACCUACAGAGCAGUUCUGUGCAGAGCCUCUUGGGACAGGGAUUUCCCUCCCGAUGGUUGGGAUGCCCUCGUACGGAGUACAUCGGAAAAUCCUCCACUGUGCCCGGGGCCUUGGCGGCGAAACGUUGUGUUGACAGUUGCUGCUCAGUUAACAUCGUUGGCACGAUACGGAUGUUGGCCGAGUUUAGCUGUAGCAGCUGAUGCAGAUACACCAGCCUCCAGGUUUUUAAAUGAACUCAAGACUCCGCCCGACUCAGACAUCACU